UCCUCUCAGCCAGUCUGCUGCUCCUUCUCCUCCUAAACGGAGCAACACUUUACUCUGGAGAUGAAACUAUCUGUAGUAUCCAAGAAGCUGUGGUGCAUCCACAAACAGCUGAUCCUCCUGCUCGUCCCACUCCUGUUAUUGCCACUCCUGUUCACUCUCCCGGAGAAGGAGGGAAAAUGUCUUUAUGUGGUGAUGCUGAUGGCUAUGUUUUGGUGCACAGAAGCCCUUCCUCUGGCCGUCACUGCGAUGCUUCCGGUCUGCCUCUUCCCAACACUGGGAAUUCUUCCAUCCAAAAGAGUCUGCCCUCAGUACUUCCUCGAAACCAAUUUUCUCUUCCUCAGUGGCCUAGUGAUGGCGUCGUCCAUCGAGGAGUGCGGUCUGCAUCGCAGAAUCGCCCUGAAGGUCCUCUCUAUCGUCGGAGUAAAACCAGCCUGGCUCAUACUGGGAAUGAUGCUGACCUCGUCCUUCCUGUCCAUGUGGCUCAGCAACACCGCCACCACAGCCAUGAUGCUCCCUAUUGCUAAUGCCAUCCUGGAGAGUCUGUUUGGAGACCUGGAGACCCUGAAAGAGAACAGCAAGAUCACAGCGGGCAUUGAAGGUCAUUCUCCUGUAAAGCUGCAUUCACUGCCCUCGGUCCCCUCCGAAAAACAAUUGCUGUCAAUAGACGGGGCGGAUGGGACCGAGCAGAGCGACACGAGGACGGCGGAGGAGAUCCGAACGGAGUCCAAGUACCAACUGAAGGUGUGGAAAGGAUUCUUGAUCUGUAUCCCUUACGCAGCGAGUAUCGGAGGGACCGCCACGCUGACGGGCACCGCGCCCAACCUCAUCCUGAUUGGACAGCUGAAAAACUACUUUCCAGACUGCGACCUCAUCAACUUCGGCUCUUGGUUUGCGUUCGCUUUCCCGCUGAUGGUCAUGUUCCUGUUUUUUGGAUGGAUUUGGAUUGCAUUUCUCCACGGGGGAUUGAAUUCACGAUUGUGCUUCACGAAAUACGACCGGAGAGCCCAAGCCGAGGCCAGAGCACAGGCUCUAAUACAGGAAGAUUACAGAAAACUAGGGCCCAUAAAUUUUGCAGAGGGAGCUAUCUCUUUCUUUUUUGUAUUGUUUGCCGUUCUGCUUUUCACGAGAGAUCCCAAAUUUUUCCCCGGCUGGUCUGUGUUUUUUAUUAAAGGGUACGUCUCAGACGCAGUCACUGGUGUGAUUAUUGUGUCCAUGUUGUUCUUCUUCCCGUCUCAGAAACCUUCUCUGAGCUGGUGGUUUGACCCUCAAGCAUCAAAUACUCCUUAUGUGCCUCUCUUAUCAUGGAAGAAAGCUCAGGACUCUGUUCCCUGGAAUAUCAUUCUGUUGCUCGGGGGCGGCUUCGCUAUGGCUAAAGCUUGCGAGGAGUCCGGACUCGCCACAUGGAUUGGGGCCCACCUCCAGCCGUUGGCUGAGGUCCCUCCUGCUGCAGCUGUGAUGUUGAUCACUGCUUUCCUGGCCUGUUUCACUGAGUUCGCCAGCAACACUGCCACAAUUAUCAUAUUUUUACCCGUCAUUGCUGAACUGGCUAUUCACAGCUUAGUGAACCCUCUGUACUUCAUGAUACCUGCAACAAUAGGAUGUUCAUAUGCCUUCAUGCUGCCAGUGUCCACACCACCCAACUCCAUUGCCUUUGCAUCAGGACAUCUCAUGGUCAAAGACAUGGUGAAAACUGGCAUUGUGAUGAACAUCCUGGGCAUCCUCUGUGUCACUCUGGCCAUGAACACGUGGGGCGUGGCCAUGUUUGACUUGCACUCGUAUCCAGAAUGGGCCCACCCCAUGAACAAGUCUGCUGCUGUUACUGACAUGCACCUGUCACCUGUCCAGUCACUCAACGCUACGCUCUGAUUACCCAAAGAGUAUCAGAAGACUUCACAAAGAUUUAACUCUAAACAGGGACAUACUGUACGUCUGUCUGUAGACGCCUGGGAGCUUCAGCUGUUACCUGCUAUGAUGCAUUUAUUACAUUUGUGACACUCAAGUAGCAGGAUUUCCUCCUGAGAACUGAUAUGUUUGGCACACUACAAGUUUUAAGUUGUAGUAAAAUGGUGCAAGAAGAUCAAAACAAGCAACACUAUUUUGCUCUCUUCCUUCCUAAAAAAAAGAGAGGCAUUUAACCUCAACAACAGGAGCUCUGAAGUGUUAUAUUUUUGUUUGCAUUGAUGCUCAGCUCACCUCUGUUGGAAGAAUGAGUGAUGGAUCUGUGAAUAAUUAUGUUUAAAUAUAUAUUUGAUAUAAAUAUAUUAUUAUUAUUAUUAUUAUUAUUAUUAUUAUUAUACUAUUUUGACUUUAGGUUAGAAUCCCUGAUCAUGUGACUUGUUUAUGUAUAUGGCACAUCUUAAGUUUAAAGCUAUUGGAUAUAAACAAUAUUUUCAAAAAGAUCUUUCUACAUUAGAGAAUGAAUCCCUAAUAGUUAAUUUUGUUACAAAGUGAUUUGCA